CUAUAAAAUGUUCCCGGCGGCACCGCUGCAGAAGGCGCACCGCUGAGCUGCCGAAAGGAGGCUCGCUCCGCCCGGCCACCCGCCCGCAGCCCGCCGGCUAGGGGCCCUUCCCAGCGGCCAGGAAGAGGGCCAAGAAGGAAUAGCACCCGCUCGGGCCCUCCCACAGCAGCUCCAGCUGACAGGAUCACCUCCCACCAAUUUAUCCAACUUCUGCCAAGGCUCUGAAAUGCCAGCUAUGUCGAGGCCUGCACUUGAUGUCAAGGGUGGCACCUCACCUGUGAAGGAGGAUGCCAACCAAGAGAUGAGCUCUCUGGCCUACCCUAACUUGGGAGUGAAAGAUCGCAAAGCAGUGGCCAUUCUGCACUACCCCGGGGUGGCCUCAAAUGGAACCAAGGCUAGUGGGGCUCCCACUAGUUCCUCAGGAUCUCCAUCUCCAGUAGGCUCUCCUACUGCCACCCCUCCCACUAAACCCCCACCCUUCAACCUACACCCUGCCCCUCACCUGCUGGCCAGUAUGCAGCUGCAGAAACUUAAUAGCCAGUAUCAUGGGAUGGCCACCACCACUCCAGGCCAACCCGGGGAGGCAGGAUCCCUGCAAAACUGGGGCUUUGGGGCUCAGGCGGGAGGGGCAGGGUCACUCUCACCUUCUACUGGUGCCCAGAGCCCGGCUAUCAUCGAUUCAGACCCAGUGGAUGAAGAGGUGCUGAUGUCACUGGUGGUAGAACUGGGACUGGACCGAGCCAAUGAACUUCCAGAGCUGUGGCUGGGGCAGAAUGAAUUUGACUUCACUGCGGACUUUCCAUCUGGCUGCUGAUGCCAAGUAUCCCUAAGAUGGAGGAAUAAAGCCACCAAUCUUGUUGUAAAUAAAAAAUAAAAGUUACUUACAAAGAGAUGGGC